AUGUACAAGGCAGCAAUCAAAGAUGUUAGGAGCAUGAGUGAUUGUGUUCUUCUACUUACUUCUUGGGCAUUCACGCAUAUACCAUUGUUUGCUCCUGUUAGUACAGUGCAACUGUCAUAUCCAUACGCACAAAGAUGGGUCCAAAGAUGGAUGAAUUAUGAUGCUAAUCCUUGUUUCCAUCUACAAGGAUAUCGAAACGCAUUGGACCACAUGCAAGAAAAAGAUUACAUUCAAUACCCGACGCCCAAUCUUAGAGAUAGCCAUAUCUGGAGUACUACAACUUCUCUUAUUUAUUUUUAUACCGUUGAAAUGCAUCAAACAGAUAGAGUAAAACUCCAGUUUGGAUUUGAACAACAAAUCCCUUCCCCACCAAGGUGUCUAAGGGAACACCAAGCAAUGACAAUGAGAAAAGCCCAAAAAGUUCAUUGA